AUCUGUUAAGUCGGUGUCCCUUGUUGUCACUUGUUUUAUAUUGAAAUAUACGCAGACAUUUAAAAAAGAAUAUGCAUAGAGAUACAUUCACUAGUUAGGUGUGCGAGCCAAAUUAUUGAUGUGUUAGGUUAUUAAAAGCUAGGAUACAAAAUUCUGGAUAGUAUAUUUUAACAGCAAGAUGUGGAACAGAACUUAUUUGUAUAAUUUUGAGACUGGUACCUCAGUGUACUUCCAUACCUAUGACUAUGUUGUGUUUGGUAUAACGUUAGGAUUGUCUGCUACUAUUGGACUGUUUUAUGCCAUAAAAGACAGAAAAAAGAAGAGUGAGAAUGAAUUUCUCCUGGCCGGACGUAACAUGUCUGUUUUUCCAGUAGCACUUUCUUUGAUGUCCAGUUUUAUUUCAGCCAUAACAUUGUUAGGAACUCCAGCAGAGAUGUACCGGUACAAUACCAUGUACUGGUUUAUCGUUUUGGGGUUUCUGAUCUCUGUCAUUUUGUCGAAUACUAUUUUCAUCCCAGUUUUCUACAAUCUUGGAAUUACCAGUGUUUUUGAGUAUAUUCAUCUAAGAUUUGGAACUUUGGUACGAAUAAUUUCCUGUAUCCUCUACAUGAUAAUGAUGCUUAUUUAUAUGGCGAUAGUAUUGUACGGUCCAUCUUUAGCUUUGAAUGCAGCAACCGGGAUCGACCUCUGGGGAUCACUGGUAGCAGUAUGUGCUGUUUGUACACUGUAUACGGCUUUGGGUGGCAUGAAAGCUGUAGUUUGGACUGAUACUGUUCAAGUACUGAUAAUGUUUGCCGGAAUGUUAAUACUUCUGAUAUUUGGGUGCAGAAAAUUGGGUGGUUUAGAUGUAGCAUGGAGAGUAGCUGACCAAAAUGAUAGAAUUAAGUUCCUCAUACUGAAUCCAGACCCGUCCGAAAGACAUUCAGUUUUGAAUAUGAUAGUUGGUGGUGGAUUUAUAUGGACAGCCGUAUAUGGUAUAAAUCAAGCACAGAUUCAAAGAGCUGUUUCAUUUUCAUCACUUUCAAAAGCUAAAUUAUCAUUGUGGGUGAAUGCGGUGUGUAUUGUGUCAAUCCUUUCAUUGGUCUGUCUUGUUGGAGUAGUCAUGUUCGCGUAUUAUAGCACGUGUGAUCCAGUGAAAGCUGGAAUUGUUACAAAAUCUGAUCAGUUGAUUCCUUUGUUUGCAAUGGAUAUAGUUGGAAAAUACCAUGGACUUCCAGGAUUGGUUAUAUCAUGCAUUUUCAGUGGAAGUUUAAGCACUGUGUCAUCUGGAUUUAAUGCAAUAUCAGCGAUUAUUCUAAAGGAUUUUAUUCUUGUAUGUGCUCCAAAUAUGCCCUCUGGAACAAGAACAAUUUUUUCCAAAUUCAUUGUUCUCCUAGCUGGUGGCGUCUGUCUUGCUGUAGCUUAUGUCAUGUCACUAUUAACGUCGUCCAUCUUAACGGCUUCAAUCACUAUAUAUGGUCUUCUUGGUGGACCCUUACUUGGACUUUUUACUCUUGGUAUUUUAUUUCCAUGGGCCAAUAAAUGGGGCGGAUUAUUUGGACUUCUUUCAUCAUUAGUUGUGAAUUGCUGGAUUGGUUUCGGUGCGUUUAUAAAUAAAGUAGUGGUAACACCAACAUCUCCGGUUACAACAGAAGGAUGCCGGUUGAAUCUUACAACUAUUGAGGCCAUCACUAAUAUAACAUCAACGACUAUUUCAGCGGCAAUUGAAAAACAAGAUGACUAUCUAAUUAUAUACAAGAUGUCUUAUAUCUGGUUCACUGGACUUGGGUUAUUGGUAUGUGUGGUAUUUGGACUUAUUGUAAGCUUUAUAACAGGAGCAACAGACCCAAAGAAAAUAAAUCCUGGUUUAAUUUGUCCUAUAUUUGAUGAAAUUUUGCCAUGCCUUCCUGUGAAAACCAGAAAGAGGCUUCAUUUUGGCGUUCGUCACGAAGACUUUGUAAAGUUCUCCAAGAACAACCCGAAAACGAUGGAGAGAGGAGGAUAUGAUAGAACGCUGUAUAUAGCGGAAAACACAGAUAAAAUAACCCAUGAUGCAAUUCGUGGUUUCAUUAAAAAUUUUGAAAAAUUAGAAUAUAACACUAAACUUUGAUUCAAGCAUACGAUAUUGUUAAAAUAUACAUCUUUCUAUCCUUCUGAAAAAUAAACGUUUUAA